AUGGCGCUUUGCCAGAACCGGUUACAAGAGGAGAGGAAGCAGUGGCGACGAGACCAUCCUUUCGGGUUCUACGCCAAGCCCCAGCGCACCAAAGAGGGUGUACUCGAUGUCAAAAACUGGGAGUGCGGAAUUCCUGGUAAAGAGAACACAAUUUGGUCUGGUGGACUCUUCAAGUUGACCAUUGCUUUCCCUGAUGAGUACCCUACGAAGCCCCCCAAGUGCAAAUUUGUUCCCCCGCUGUUCCACCCCAAUGUCUACCCUUCAGGAACUGUCUGCUUGUCUAUCCUCAACGAAGAAGAGGCUUGGAAGCCUGCGAUCACCGUAAAACAAAUUCUGCUUGGUAUCCAGGACCUUCUCAACGACCCCAACCCCGAAUCACCUGCCCAAGCGGAGGCGUACAACCUCUUCAAGAGAGAUCGCGCCGAGUACGAGAAGCGGGUUCGCCGUACAGUUCGCGAGAACCCCACACCUUGA